AUGUAUGGAGCUAAGAUUAUCAGAACUCAACGAGAAAAGAAUGAAACUAAUCGUCCACAUAUAAAACGACCAAUGAAUGCUUUCAUGGUAUGGGCUAGAGAAGAACGAAGAAAAAUUCUAAAGGCUUGUCCAGAUAUGCACAAUUCAAACAUCAGCAAAAUAUUAGGUGCCAAAUGGAAGGGUAUGUCUAACACAGAGAAACAACCUUAUUAUGAGGAACAAUCUAGAUUAAGUAAAUUACAUAUGGAGAAACACCCUGACUACAGAUAUAGACCUCGACCAAAAAGAACAUGUAUUGUUGAUGGUAAAAAGUUGCGUAUAUCAGAAUAUAAAUGUAUGAUGAAAUCUCGUAGACAAGAUAUCCGUCGUGUUUGGUAUGGGGAUGGUACUUCUGGAUUUGUUGAUGGUAAAUAA